UUCAAGAUGUUUUCUUCCGCCAUCAUUCUCCUUUUUGCCAUUUGCCGGCAUGGUUUGGUGAAAGCAGAUGAGGAACAAACACAGAAAGAAGACAUUCGAAGUGUUUCUAAAAAUAAAGAGCCCGGUACACACCGUAGAUUCAAGGAGAAAAAGAUAUUAACUAACCACCCAGCAGCUACCGAUGCCCACGAGGCUGAGCAGAAUGUGGUGAAGUGCGAAGAAGAGAAACAAUCGGAAGAAAAUGUGACCAGCACUACUGCUACUACUGCUAGUGCUAAUAGUAGUACUGCAGAGAAUACUGCUACCGUGUACAGUACUACACCAUCAAUCGCACGACAUGACCCGAUCGAGCUGGAAACUGAGGACAAGCUAGAGUACCGCUUCGUGCCGGCCGGUAACGGAGUGGUCAACUUCAAGGUACGUGCACCGAACGAUGCACACAUCGCGCUCACCACCAACCCAAAUGAAUCCGACCCGAUGCUGGAGGUGUUUAUCGGCGGCUGGAAGAACACGAAAUCGGUCAUUCGCAAGAACCGCACCAAACCGGACGUUGCCGAGGUAGAAACGCCCGACAUUCUCAAUGCCGGAGAGUUCCGUGGUUUCUGGAUCCGUUGGCUGGACAAUGUGAUUACGGUCGGAAUGGAAGGAUCUGCGGCUGCCUUCUUGUCGUUCGAAAACCCAGAACCGUACCCGAUCAAUUGUGUCGGCGUUUGUACCGGUUGGGGUGCCAGCGGUUCGUGGCUGAUUGAGCCGGUCUCGGAACAGGCAAGUCCAUCCGCACCGACGGCGGCUGCGUUGCAUGGUGGUGGUGGUGGUGCUGCCUGUUGGGUUGCGGCCGCCAACGGUGAAAUCCCUCCGAAUGCUGUCGUCGGCGGUUCGGAUGGUGAGGAUAUGUAUAUUGGGCGUGCCCAGCACGAGGGUGGCAUUAUUCCGGGUAAGGUGGUAGCAUCCCACGGCGUGUGCUACAUUGCGUGGGGCGGUGUCGAAAACCCGAAGGCAGAGUAUGAAGUGUUGUGCGAUUUCCAUGGGGAGUUUGUGCCGGUCGCCGGUGGUGACAUACCACCGACAGCACUACCAGCGGGUGAGUCCGAGGAAGGUGAACCGCUGUUCAUUGGGCGUGUUAUGCACGAGGGCACGCUGACGGUGGGCAAGGUACAACCUUCGCAUGGCGUUUGCUACAUUCCGUACGGUGGCCAGGAACUCGCGUUUGCCGAGUACGAGAUCUACGUCAAUCCUUAGGACGCUAAAUAGGAGGAAGUUAACAAUUGCCCUGCAACCCGGUUAAGCCCCCCUUCCCGGGAAGUUGGAUUAGGAUUACGCCAAGCACACAUACUCACAAGCACACACGCAUGCACACACACACAUAUAUACAAAAACAUAAAUCGCAUGCAAAAGCGCACAGUCAAAACAGUCAACCGUCGAGCUUACAUUUAAAAAGCAUGCUUGCAAAUGUUAAACUAUGUAGCUUUAGAUAUUUAUAAUACCACAAAGAUGAACAAUAUGAUAAAAUUCACUAAGAAGCAACACGCAAAAGUUCGAUAAAAUAAAGUAUCUAAAGUAACA